AGUGAGAUGUCCCUUUCUAACGAUACACAGGUCCACCCCUCCUUCUUCCUGCUUUUGGGAAUCCCAGGUCUGGAAAACAUCCACCUCUGGAUUGGCUUUCCUUUUUGUGCUGUGUACCUGAUUGCAUUCAUAGGAAACUUCACCAUCUUGUUUGUCAUCCAGACUGAGCGCAGCCUCCACCAGCCCAUGUUCUACUUUCUGGCUAUGCUGGCUACCAUUGACCUGGGUCUCUCCACAGCCACUGUCCCUAAGAUGCUGGGCAUAUUCUGGUUCAGCCUCAGGGAGAUUAUUUUUAAUGCCUGCCUCACUCAGAUGUUUUUUAUUCACAUCUUUACUGGCAUGGAGUCAGUAGUCCUUCUUGCUAUGGCUUAUGACCGCUAUGUAGCUAUCUGUAACCCUCUCCAUUAUAGCACAAUCCUUACUAACAAGGUAGUAUCUCUUAUUGGUUUGGGGGUGGUUGGGAGAUCUUUCCUUGCUGUUUUCCCUUUUAUAUUUCUCAUCAUGAGAUUGCCCUUCUGUGGACACCAUGUCAUUCCCCACACAUACUGUGAGCAUAUGGGUCUUGCUCGCCUGGCCUGUGCAAGCAUCAGGAUUAACAUCCUAUAUGGUUUGGGGACCAUUGCUCUCUUGGGACUUGACAUCAUGGCCAUUGCACUCUCAUACAUCUACAUUCUCUGUGCUGUUUUCCGUCUCCCCUCCCGUGAGGCCAGGUUCAAGUCUCUCAGCACCUGUGGUUCCCAUGUUUGUGUAAUUUUGGCCUUUUAUACCCCAGCUUUUUUUUCUUUCAUGACACACCGCUUUGGCCAAAAUGUUCCCCGCUAUAUUCACAUCCUUCUGGCUAAUAUGUAUGUAGUUAUUCCACCAAUGCUCAACCCUAUCAUCUAUGGAGUUAGAACCAAGCAGAUCCGUGAAAGGGCUCUCAGAAUAUUUAUCCAUCAAUAA